AUGCUUUCAAGGCAUUUAAUCAGUUCAGCAAGACGGGUUUCGUUGCUCAGCGAAAAAUCGCGGGUUAUUCUAUCCAGGAGUGCAUUUUCGAGUGGAAAGAAAGGGUUAGUUUUGACUCUAGAAAUGAUGCAAAAAUAAUAGAUUUACAGAGAUGAUUUGGAGAGUGACCUUCAAAAAGAUUUGAAAAAACUGAAUGAGAUUUUGAAAACUGGAUUGAAUGAUGUGAAACCGCAAGAAGUUCCAAAAGCCGCAGAAGAACCAGUUGAUGACAAGAAUUUCAUGAACUUCAGACAACAAUCUGAACGAGAAGCUUAUCAGAGAAGCAGUUCGAUUUUUAAUUGGAAAGUUGCUUUGGCCACUUUAGGAAUUGGUGGAUCAUGUUUAGCUGCGCUAUUCUAUGUCAAGAAAAUCGUGAGUUUUCAAAAAAGUAUUUUCGUUUCAAAAAAAAAACAAUUUGUAGAGACUAGAAGAGCGAGAAAAACAUCGAAAAAUCACUGCCGGAAAAGCUCGAAUUGGUGGCGAUUGGGAAUUAUUAAAUACCGAUGGCAAAUUGGAAGGAUCUGAACAACUUAAAGGAAAUUGGCUUUUGAUGUAUUUUGGAUUCACACAUUGUCCUGAUAUUUGCCCAGAUGAAAUUGAAAAAAUGAUCAAAGUUGUUGAUAUUUUGGAUGCAAAAGGUCAAGUUCCAAUUGUUCCAGUCUUCAUUUCAGUCGAUCCAGAAAGAGAUACAAUUCCAAGAGUAAAAGAAUAUUGUGCAGAAUUUUCGAAGAAAUUGCGAGGAUUUACUGGAAGUACAGAACAAGUGAAUAAAGUUGCGAAAACUUUCCGAGUUUAUCACAGUCAAGGACCAAGAACAACAAAACAACAAGAUGAUUAUAUUGUUGAUCAUACAGUUAUUAUGUAUUUGAUUGAUCCAGAUGGUAAUUUCCAUGAUUAUUAUGGACAAAAUCGCAAAGCUGAAGAAAUUGCAAAUGUUAUUGAUAUGAAGGUUUUGAAGUAUCAGGCACAAAAUCGAAAGUCUUUGUUGAACAUUUUCUAGUUUAGUUAUGUUUUUUUUUGAUUGUUUGUUUUUAGUUAGGAUUUUUUUGAAUAAAUUAUAUUCUGUUUUGAAAAGAAGCUGGAUUUGAAAAUCUGAAAAGCGUUGGAUAUCGCUAUAAAUAUAUGAAAAUAAAUUAAUUUUCAUUUGAAAAAAAAUGAAUAUUUUGCAGAUGUCAGCACCAGUGCAAAGUGAUUUCAGUGUUCGGGUAGCCAAGUGAGUUGAAUAGAGAACUUAUGGAAACUCAAAUGAAAAAUGAAAUAUUUUCAGAAGAAGUGAUGAGAUGCGUUAUUCGGUCCUAAUGUUUAAUGGAAUGGACAAAGUCGAUACUGGAAAAUGGACAAACGAAUCACAUGUAACAAUGGAACGAGAAGAUAAUCGAGGAGUUGUUCUCGCUUCACAAACAGUUCAAGAAUAUGGAGAAGGAAGUGAAUAUGGAAAAGCGGCGAGAGAAGAAGCUAGACGAAAAAAAUAUGGAAGACAAUCGAAAACUUAUAAACUUGAUAAUCAACCAUGGAAAUUGUCGUUUAACGAGCCGGAUGGGGGAAGAAAUAGGAAAAUGCGAGGAAUUCGAGAAGGUGGAGCAAAUGAACAUGCCGAUUAUUGGGUUUUUUUGAAACCGACUUCGAGUUGUGAAUUUCAAGCGUAUAAAGUUGAUGAAUGGCAUAAAUUCUUGCCAGCAAUCACUCAUAAAACUUUAGAUAUUGAUCAAGCUGAGGAAAAAUUCUUGCAGUAAGUUAAUUAUGAAGCUGAUUGAGUUUUGAUUUUCAAAUUCAUAAAAAUUACAGAAGAAACAAAGUUAUGAAUCAAUUUGCAUUGAAAGCCGCUAUCCAAAAUAUGGUGAAUCCGGCUGAAGAUGGAGAAGCUAUUGAAAAAAUGAAUAGAAGUCUGAAAUUGAGGGAUGAAGCAAGUUCUGGAGAUUCAGAUGAAGAAGAUAAUGGAGGAGAAGAAGCUGAAAAGACAAAUAAGAAAAAGAAGAAGAAUUUGAAAACGAAAAAAGAUAAAAGACAACGGGUUGAUAAUUCGGAUGAUGUUGCUAGUGAGUUUGAGGAAAUUUUGAUUUUUUGAAAAGGGGUUUUUGCAGAAUAUGAAUCGUCUGAUGGUGAAGAUGAAGGAAGAGAAUAUGAUUAUAUGUCGGAUUCUGGAUCGGAUUCAGAGUGAGUUUAGACAGAAAUAAAAAUCAAAAAUAUAUAUCUCAUACAUAAAAUGGGUCCCCAGAAAAUGAGGGGCUUAACUUUUUCAAAAAUCUGAAGGGAAGGAGGCCUAACUUGGCCAAUUUUCUGCUGAUAAUUUACCAAAAAUCCCAGAUUUGUCCAAAAUCUACACGAAAAUGUGAGGAAAGGGGUUUAACUUUGGAAAUGUUUCAAAAGGGGAGCUUAACUGAAAAAACUGGCUCGGGGAACAUAUUUAAUGUUUGAUCUAUCUCUAUAUCUAUAGGAAGAAUCUGAAACCCGAAAAACUCACAUUUCAUUUCAUUUUGAAGCCCUCAUGAAUUUUCCCAGCAACCAUUUUUAUAGAUGAAUAAAUUUAGAAGUGACAAAAAAUUUCACGUUUCCUUAAUAAAUUUCAAGUAUUUUUCAUUGCCACGUAUAGGACACGUGAAAAAUUAUUUUCCACCAAAAAAUUCACCGUUUUUUAGUCGCGAACAAGUUCCAUCUGAUGACAAAGUGGAAAAACAAAUGGUUGGAGUUGGAGAUGAAGAAGGAGCAAAAGAAGAUUCGGAUGACAGUGAAUCGGAUGAGGAUUUGAGUUAGUUUCAUUUUUUUAGGGACUCUAUUUCCUACUUUUCCCUAAAAAUAAAAAAAUAGAUUCUAGCCAUUUACUGAAUCAAAACUUUUUUUCAGCCAAAAAAUUGUUGAAAAAUCAAACAACUCGGAAAGAUAAUUUGGAUGUGGAAGAACGUGAUUCGUCUGGAGAUGAUACUGAUGCGGAUAAUGAAGAGAACAUGACUUCGGUUGUAUUUUUGCCGAAAAAAGAGGAAAUUCCAUCAGCAAUGGAGACAAAUGAGAAUGGAGAAGGAGCGAGUGGAACAAGUGAUGGAGGAGCAAAGAAACGAGCACAUACUGAUGAUUCGGCAUUGAAAAAUGAUGAUUUGGGACCAAAAGAUGCGAAAAAGGCCAAGAUUGUGGAGAAGAAUAAGUAGGUUUCUGGGGAGGAAAAAAUUAAGCAAUUUUUGAAUUUUAGUACAAAUUUGAGCAAUUCUGAGUUUUCUAGAUAAAAAAUUCCAGCGUUGUGCUGAAAACUCGAUUUGAAUUUCUAGAAAAUUGGAACAAUCUGGUCACAUUUUUGUAGACAUCAUUUUUUAUUUAUAAUAGAAAUUUUAGGCAAAUACCGAAUGGGUUCGCGAAAAAAAGGCAUUUUGCGGAGGCAUUUUGCGAACCCAUUCGGUAAAAAAUUAAUUAAAAUUUUGAAACGUAUUUUUCUCUGCAGAUUUGUUGAUGGUUUGAACGAGGAAACAGUUCGCCGCUAUCUUCGUCGAAAACCACACACAACCAAAGAAUUAUUGCACAAAAUGAAAGGAAAAUGCGGAGAGAUGAGCAAAGCUGAAGUUGUUAUGAAACUUGCUGCAAUUCUCAAGGUAACUUGUUUUCAACUUUCACCGAAAACAUUAAAACAUAUUUCGUAGGCAAUCGAUCCUCUUCAAUUCAAACAACAACAAGGCAAGAAAGAUGUGUUGUUUUUCUCGCUGACAAAUACUGUCGCUUAA